GCCUCUCGGCGAUCCAGUCCCUGCACGCAGCCAGGAGUCUAUAAAUAAAAACUAAAACGAAACAAAAUAGGGUGCUCGGUUUGUUUCGCAACGCGCUGAUCGAAGCUGUGUACGGUACUUGUGUACUGCACGUGCGCUCUUCACUUCUAAAAUGCUAAAAAAAAAAUAAUUGAUGUUAGGAGACAGUGGUAGACAGGCUUUUGUUAAAUGAGCUCCGGGUGCAGAGAAGCCGAGGCCUGCCGGCGUGGGUUUGCCUUGUUUACGGUUAGGAGGAUGACCGCAUGACUCGGAAAAAGAAAAAAUCCGAGAAACCACGUUCACGCCUUAAGUCUAAAGCUGCGCCAAGGCCAACCAGGCGCUCAAGUGAAUCUUCUAAAGGCAUCAUAGUGUGGCUUCUGGGCAGCCUGUACGGAAUCUGCCUUUCCACACUUGGUGCCGCAAUCACCCUCCUAGGUAGCUUCAGCAAGUGCUGUAAGCAGUCUCACCAUUCUGCUGAGCAAGGGGAAGACAACUUGGGAAGCACCUCUAGCACAGCUGCCACGCUCUGUGCAAAGAUCUUCCAGAAGGCAAGGACUCUGCUGGUUACCGGACGUGAUAUCCUUAGCAGUGCUCCACCAUGGUGGCCCGAAGGGACUGGUCAGCCAGGCCACCAAGAAAGCUCAGACGACAGUGGCAAGCCCUUGCUGGAAUCUUCCCAAUCGCAAGAAAGUGAGACCGAAAGCACAGAGGAGCAAAGGUUUGCAGACGACAUGUUACGAGCAAGUGACCAAGACACUGCACUAUUCACCUCCGAACGGGAUGUGCACAAAACAGUAUCAAAGCAACCUCCGAGCAUACCUUCGGGGAAAACGGACGAGAGAUUCAACAGCACUGAACGUACUCAACUAAAGACUGUUGAUGGCAAGCCUAGCUCUAUUGAAGUUCCCAAAAAUUCUGGACACGAGUCGAACCAGCCUCAGAAUACUGGAAGAACACAGGUCAAAAAGACUGGAGGUAGGAAACGAAGCCAGAAAGCUGACCUCAAUGACAGAGUGCCCGAGGCAGUGCAAAGUGUUAAAAGAGGUGGCAUUCCAACAGAAGAAACCAGUAAAGCUCAAAACACCAAAAGGAAUAUUGCGACUGAUAUCAACAAAAAGGCACAAAGAGUUGUUCCUGGAGAAAAUGGUGAAUCUAAAAAGUCCCCAUUGCUAGCAUACACACAGUCUCAAAUAACUGCAGAGGUGGACGGCAACGCAACAGACGGCACAGAUAGCACAGCUCCCAGCCGCAACGCAAAAGGGGGAACAAAAAGAGACAGCCGAGCUAUCGAAGUUGGAAAAAAAUAUGGUCGCCAAUCGAGCCAGCUCCGGAAUACUAAAACAGCUCAAGUCAAAAUGAUUGCAAAGACUGGAGAUAAGGAACAGAUUAACGAGGCCACUGGCCUUGGUUCUAAAACGCCCAAGACAGCAAAAAGCAUCAAGACGGAUGUUCUCCCAACUGGAGCACCCAGUAAGCCUAAAAAAAACAAGAUCCCUCCAACUCUGUUGACCAAGAAAGUACCAUCAGUUGAGAAAGAGGGCCUUGUAGUGCAGGUGCCCAAAGAAAACUGUGAACCCAACAAACACCCUGCUGAAAUGAAGAGCAAUGAAAAGGAUGGCACAGAAGGCAAAGCCCCCACUGUCAAGACAAAGAAGGAAGCACAACCAUCGAGAGUAAACAAGUCAAAGAUGAAAACUAAGACAAAAUCAGAUUCGGACCUUGCAGCAAAAAGUCGUGGCUUCUUGAAAACGGAGGGCAAGGAGGCAGCAAAUGAUGGAAGUGAGCCAGACCAAAACACAAGUGGCAACAAAACUGCUGGCUGGCUGCCAGACAAAUUCUUGGCGUACGUCAGACUCGCCGAUCGUGGCAAUGUCCCAGAGAUUCUUGUAGAUGCCCAGAAGACCCAAGACGGCGCAGUCGAGGGACGCACAGGGACCAGGUUGGAAAAAACAUCUUUGUUUUCGGCAGAGCGCAAGCAUUCUCUCGUGUCGACCAUAAAACAGGUCGUGAGACUCUGCUCAAAGAUGCUGCACAUACUUGAAGUAAACAAGACUGGAGCCAAAGAUGAUGAGGAAAGACAACAGAACGGCAGUGGUUCACACGACCUGCAACAGGAGCACAUCAUCCAAAGAGACCCUGAACCCAACAGCAGCAAACAAGGAACAUCAGACGAAUUUUGUAAAACCAUUUCGCCCAACACGAGCAGCAAAGUUGCAGACGGGACUCUAGACGUCGAGGGUACUUUGGCAAGACCAUCGCACCCGCCACCCCUACCACACAUGAAGGUGGUAGAAAAAGGAGACCGCACUCUUUCUAACCACACGACUCGAGCAUCUAACAAUGGGGCAAAUGACAGAAGCAUUUGGCAAACGCCAGAGAAAAAAACGACAGUAGAUGCAAGCGCCGGCAAGAUGCAAGGCGUUCCCAGGCACGGAGGGGAGACACCCAGCUCUGGAACCUUCAGCUGGCAGGUCCCCAGAGACCUCCUUGUCUCUGGGGGCCAAAGACUUCGAGACCUCAAGAAGGGCGAGCCUUUCGACGCUGCUCCAACAAACGUUCCAAGGCCCGGCUGGAAACGGGAGGCAGCUGCAUCGGCGAACCUCGGGGGAUCCGACGAGCGCCCGCCGCAACAUCAACACUCGCCCUUCAGCACCGACGGCCCCGGGAGACUGGACGUUGGUCCGAAGCAUGCUUCCCCAGUGGGGAAGCUGGACCAGUCCAGGAAAGAACUCUGGGAGAAAAGGGGAGGUGCUCACAUCCCCGCAGGGGCAGCGAAGUUUAGGCGACGGCUUCCAGCAGGUUGGCAGAAGCGGCGCACCAUGGCAACGGGCCCCGCACGUCUAUCGGAGGUGCAAGACGGCCACCAUCCGCCUUCGAGUGUGUCUGGCGGCUGCUGCGAUUCGUCCCUCGGGGACGACUACUGGCCGUGCCAGCAGGGCCGCUCCGGGAAGGUGAGGGGCCUCAUGCGAACCUACGAAACUCCGCAACUGAAGCCGCGCAUCCAGAGCCCGGCAGAACGCUGACGCAAGAAGACAUUGACACACUUUGCUUCUUCGUGGUAUAACUUUAUUAAAUAUAUAGCGCUUCGUGGAAAUGUAGAACUCUGAUAUAAAAA